AUGGCCGGUGUUGAGGCGAUCUUCGGUCCUCCUCCCGAUGGCAUCGAUUUGAACCAAAACAAGACACCACAAGACAAUGCUAUUGUGGUCGCCAUCUUUGUCCUCACUGUUUUUACGGUAGCACUUCGCUUCUUUACACAAAUCAGAGUUCAAAAGACAAGCCUCCAACCCUCGGACUUCCUUAUUUUAAGCUCACUUUUCCCACUGAUUGGGCUCCUCCUUCUUACUAUUCUUGCUGGGAACUAUGGACUUGGAAAGCAUGUCUGGGUUGGAACCUUGGACGAUGUGGUCACAAUGAACAAAAUCCUAUUCGCGUAUAUCUAUGUGUACUUCAUUUUGAUGGUCCUGAUCAAAUGCUCGAUCCUGAUGUUCUAUCGGAGGACCCUCUGUAUUGGUACAACGGUCUGGGUGUGCUUGGGAAUCUGCUUGUCUUGGGCGAUCGGAUGUGCGAUAGCUUUCUCGGUCUCUUGUCUCCCUCCCUCCUACUUCUGGGAGCAGUACCAAGAUAGUACAGGUGGGAAGUGCGUGACAAACCUUUACGCGUAUUAUCUGGGGAAUGCAGCGGCGAACGUAUUCACGGAUAUCAUGAUCCUGUUCGUACCUUUACCAACUAUCUGGAGACUUCAAAUGCGAACCUCACAAAAGGUAUUCGUAUCCAGUAUUUUCCUGCUGGGUGGUUUUGUCUGUGUUGCUAGCAUCAUGAGGAUUUACUACAUGAGCUUCCUCAACAGUGACGUCGACGUGAAUUGGAUAAUGAGCGACGUAUAUGUAUGGUCAACCGUUGAGCCUUCGAUCGGAAUCAUCUGUGCUUGCCUUCCCACUUUCAAGCCACUUCUUCGAUGGACUUUCAAGGCUCUGCGGCUAUCUUUACUCUCAAGUUCAUCUAAGUCAGGAUACACCCUCAAUAGGCUCUCCCGCCCUGAUGAAGGGCCCAUCAACGAUUUUUCUUCGCACCGGUGGACUACGGAUGGAUAUGGCGCGCAUAGAAGUGACGAUGACGAGACAGGUCCAAUAAUUACAGCCAAUGCGCAGCCUCAUUACAGCUCAGAGGGAUCUUUUGUUAUCAGCGGGUCUGACCCUCUUGCCAUCACAGUGGAGCAAGGUAUCCAUUGGAGUGAAGAUCGUCUUGAAAUUCCAGAGAAUAGUAUGAGUCGUGCUAGGUGA